GACUACUGCACAAGAUCACUAACAGCGGGCAACAACAAGAAGAAGGCCACACCCCCGCCAUCUUGAGUGAUACAGAUCUUAAGUUACAGUUCUGGAGUUUUAUUAUGGCUAAGAAAAACAUAAGAGAGACAUGGCCUAAAGAAGAAUGGCAUGGUCGCUUGAAGAAACAUGAAUGGAAAGUGGUUCAAUUCAAACAACGAUCUUAAGCAUCCUUUCAAGAAUAUUAAAUUUCCGAGAUUUCGGUAAGAAGCUGGCACUGCUGAUAAAAAUCAUAAAGUUAAAGAAACAGUGACUUUGAUUUAUUUCUUGCCUUCUUUAUAAAUAUGGUAACGGAAAAUUCGAAUUCAUGUCAAAACCAUCGCCAACAUCACCGCCGUCACGGGCACCACCACAAGCACCACCGUCAACAUAAUCGCUGUAAGAAUAACAAGGAGAUAAACGUGUUCAAGAGAUUGAAAAAGGGCCAGAACACUGACACUAACGAUGCCAACACAGAAGAGGGAGGGAAAUCCAGAAAGGUUUGGGAAGAAAAUUCCAGCACAAGACUUAUGUGCACCAGCAAGCAAGAAAGAAAGCAUCUUGCAGGAAGGGUUCUGAGGAAUAGACGAUACAGACGACCUUUCGAGGACCAUCGCCACACGAAGCGUCUGUUUACACCGGAGAUAAAGCGUUUCCUGAAAAGUUGGUUAGUACGGCGCAGGGAUCACCCGUACCCGAGCCGCGACGAGAAGAAGGGGUUGGCCGUUCAGACAGGGCUCACCUACAUACAGAUAUGUAACUGGUUUGCAAACUGGCGUCGCAAACUGAAGAAUGCAGGAAGUGAAGCUCCCCACCACACAUGGGGCAAUCUGAUCAAAAGCUACAAUACAAAAGCUCAGGGUAAUGUGGAGCAGUUCAGCCUGUGUUCUGAUGACAGCAUUUGGGAAGAAAAUGACAUUUCUGAUACAGAGCACAACGAAAUCAGCGGAGUUGCAUCAACUGUUAGUCCUCUAUCUAAUAUGAUCAAUGCCACAGCUAUGGAUCACAGCUAUUCUGCUCUGUAUCAUCAAAACACACAAACUUCAUCUGAUGCAGUAUCAACAGAAAACAUAGAUUCAAGAAACACAUCUCAGAACUCUCAUAAUGAACAGUGCUUCAAUUUUACAGCGUCAACUAAACAGGCUGAAAUGACAAGCAUAGUAAGAAGAAGACAUGUAGUUCCUCCUGACCAGACUUCUUCUGGUGUCAGCAGUAAACAUAAAAAUUGUGUUAUACAAAACUAUUUGACAGAUCAAGAAGUUUGCCAUGAACCAUCAUCAAAACUCACAAUCAUGCAGAGAGAUACAAUGUCAUCAUGGCAAGCAAAAAAAUUCCACAAAGACGUUGAAGGUGACAGUGUAGAUUUUGGAAAACACAGAACUGAUGUCAAUGCAAGAUACAAUAGUGUUAUAGAAAGUGAUGUGAAGAAUGGUUGUGAGAAUCUGGCUAGAAAAUCUAAGCGACAAAAAAAAGGAGAAAAUCGUCCUCUAGAAUUGUCAAAAUGGUUAGAAAGUGCGGCCAAAUUCAAGCCUGGGCAAAAUUACGUUGCAUGGUCUACCAAAAAUGCUACAUGGCAAUCAAGUACCUGUGAAAUGAAGAAGGCUCAUCAGUGGAAUGUAACAGCAAAUGAUGCAGGGAACUACUGGGCAGGUGGACAGCACCACAGGGAAGAACUAGACGCUGCUGAGGCUUUAACUCGUCUGUCAGCCCUUCAUCAGUGAACUGCAAUCAUAAGAAGCUUGGGCAGAAACAGAAGCAUCUUUAGGAAGCGUUGGAGACACUACAUCUCAAGUACUGAACAAAAUCAGAUAGUGAAAAUGACAUAUUGGACCAUAUAAUAUACAGUGAAACUGCUGUCACUGGUGCCAGAAGGUGGGGAAUCAGGUAUCUGCCCCCUCCCUUGUUUAAAAAAUCAAAACAGGAAGCAGAAGCAAAUAUACCAAAAUACCAAAAAUUUAAAGAAUUUAAAAAAAUGAUAUUCUUCUAUUCUGCAUACUGUAGGGUGAUUAGUAAAAAAAUCCAAAGAUAUCCAUAAUAAUAAGUACUAUGGGAUUGUUUCCCCAGUGCUGAUUGGAAUUUCUACAUCAGCUUUCUCCUGUCCAAUCUGUCAAAAGCUUUUCCAUCAUUCUCCAAAAGCCCAUAUACACAGCCCUUCAGUCAGCUGAUGGCAUUGCAUAUUUCAGUUUGCAGCUGUUUCACAGCAUGAAAGAAUGAUUUACUUGGCAUGAAGAUAUGUCUGUCCAGGUUUGCAUUGUAUACUAUGCAUGAUAUGGAAUUAAGGACAACUUUGGAGCACUCUGAUUGGAAGGAACAGCAAUGCUACAUCCACAUAAAUAUAAGGAUUGUCUAAUUUUCCCUAGCCCUUUCAUGCUACUGUCGUCACUGUUGCGUAGUGUGAAGCAUCAGGAAUGUUUGCAUGUUCCAGGCAUUUAUUAUAAAGCAAGGUGCAGGUGACCACUAGAUCUUCAGUAGUGGUUUUGAGGUGCUCAUUUCUUAUUUCAUCUGGCUUCAAUGCUUUCUUGUUCUUGCUGCUGUUAAUAUUCGUAGCCCUUGAAAAAUGGAUGAUCUUUAUUUCACUCUAGUUUCUUAAGAACUUGGCUUAUCGUUAUUAUGGUUAAGGAUCUGACAGAAGUGGCUUUCUCUAACCUCUGGCUUUUUGUGGAUGCACAGCAACAGCUCUUAGCAAUGAAACUAAAGAAAACUGUAGAAAUUUUGCAUACAAAUAUGAGCCUUGUACAUAUGAGGUUUCCUCAUAUGUUAUGGCUGUGCUCAGUAAAUUACAUAAAAGUUGUGACUUUUUUUUACCAAUAUGCAAAGAUGUUUGCAUGAUUUUUUAUUCAGCCAUUUUUAUAGAAUAUUAAUAUGCAUACUGUCUCUAACAAACCAUAUGGCUCAUCUACAGAAUGUAAAUGUGAUCCACAAUGUUAAUAUUUAUUUAAAAUGCCUAAAUUCCAUGAAAGCUGUGAUCUCAAAAAGGAACACUUCAGUUGAUUUUUGGUGUGUCAGUUCUGAGAUGCCUGAAUAUGGUUAUGACAGUGAAACCCCCUUUUAGAUAUCUGUAGGAGCAGUGGAUUUGAACACUGCACUUAGGAAAUUCAUAAAUAGUGAUAAUUUAACAUUAACUAUUAACUUUCGCUUAGGCAAUUGAAUACAAUAUGAGGGGAAACCUUAAAUCAAGGCACAAUGAAUGGGAGUCCACUGUAUAUUAUGAACAAUUAUUUUUUUAACUAUAAAAAACUGUAGAAAAAUGUGUGCUUGUAAAUAAUUCAAAUUAUAUGUAACGCACAUCGUAGCAUAGUUGGUUGAGGCACGGUGCUACAAGCUGGAAUGUCACGUGUCCCAAUAAGGUGGAACCUUUCAAUUUACCUAAUCCUUCUAGCUGCACUAUGACCCUGGGGUCGACACAGCCUCUAACAGAAAUUAGUAC